UUAAUUUGGUUGCAGUCUUCCGGGUCCUCGUUUACCAAGAAAUCCCUGGCUUUGUUCUUGCUUCACCCUCCCCCAACUCCCCAACUCCCCAACUCCAAUCCCACACGCUUCCCAGCUUUGCCAAAUCGCCAUCUGCUUCUGCUUCUGUGCCUUUGGUGCUUUGCCCAUUGCCAUUGCCAUUGCCAUUGCCGAAUCUUCCUCUCUGCUUCUUCCUUUUCGUUUACUUCUUCUCCACUCUUGAUUUUUCUCACCUUUUGCUUUCCUCUAAUCUUAUUUCCCUUCCUCCUUCCAUCGGAAAAUCUCCCAGAUGCGUUUCAUGCUGCUACCUUCUCGCUCAUAACAGUAAGCUUUUAUGCAUGAGUUUUUGUUGAAAAUUUUAGAACUAUGGGUAGAGGAAGAGGGAAAGGAAAGAAAUCCAUCAUAACCAGUCUUGAAGAUUCAACAAUUGGUGAGGAAGAGAAAAUUUCGUCGCAGAAGCAAAAUGGAAGUGCAGAACAGGCACAAACAGAUGAAAUCAAGGAAGAAGAGCUUGGAAGAGUAGAAGCCAUAGAUGAGCAAGCUAAGACUGAUCCUGGCAAAGUGAUUGAAAAUCCAAAUCCAGCAGAAACUGGGAAGAAGAGGAAAAGGAACUCUUCAAUGAAGGAGAAAAUGGGUUUAGUUAAUGAUGCAAGCUGUAAGGGUACCCAAACAAGCAUUGUCCAAGUCAAGUCUAAUGGAUUCCGGCAUCAUGGAAGCAGGCGAAAAAGCAAGCCACGUCGAGCUGCUGAAGCAGUUGUUGAAUGCAGAUAAAUAUUUGGUUGAUUAUUGGAACAUCUGUCCCUUUUGUGGGGUGAAACAUGGUAAUAUCUGGUGUCCUGUUUCUGUUAAUGCUGAUUUUUCUCAUUUCAAUUUUUGUUACUGCCCAAUUUUGAUACCAAAAGUGGGACUAAAAGUUCUUAGCCCUUUUUAUUGUAGUUCCUGAUACUGUUACUGUCACAAUUCAUAUCUAUUUCUUAAGAACA